UCAGUCACAAAAAAUGGAGAGUUUCAGCUGCAAUUGUUUCGUUUUCAAUUUUAUUAAAUUUCAACACGGUUAACCGUAUGUUUUAAUAUAACUAUUGUUUUUUAAUUAGUCUAUAGUUAAACAAGAAGAAUGCAGUCAUAAAACCGGCGUUCUGUUUCGGUUUGCGAAUUAAAUUUUUGUAAAAAAAAUUAAUGCAAUGAUAACAGUGUUUAUUGUCUUGGGUCACAACGUGUGAACGCCAGGGAAUUUUAAUAAAUUUUGGCGUACAAUGAGCUAAAAUUGGCCAAUUUUCGUUGAGGAAUAUAUACAAUCAGGUGCCAUGCAGAAAAGGGACCGGGAGAAGGAACAAAACGGUAAGGAUGACAAGCGCGGUGGAAAAUCCACUGGAUCGAGGGCAAUGCAUUCAGCAGUUGCCGGACGACAUGGCUUGUCAUCAUCAGCCAACUCUAGUGUACUCAUGGUUGGUCCAAAUUUCCGUGUUGGCAAGAAGAUUGGCUGUGGAAAUUUUGGGGAACUAAGACUUGGAAAAAACUUAUAUACAAAUGAACAUGUGGCAAUAAAAAUGGAGCCAAUGAAAUCCAAAGCGCCUCAAUUGCAUUUGGAAUAUCGCUUUUAUAAAUUACUUGGAUCUCAUGCUCCUGCUUUCUUCUCAGAUGGCAUACCAGAAGUAUUUUUUUUUGGUCCAUGUGGCAAGUAUAAUGCUUUAGUCAUGGAACUCCUUGGUCCCAGUCUUGAGGACUUAUUUGAUAUGUGUGGGCGUGAGUUUUCGCUCAAAACUGUUCUCAUGAUUGCCACCCAAUUGCUGCACAGGAUAGAAUAUGUUCACGGUCGACAUCUUAUAUACAGAGAUGUUAAACCAGAAAACUUUCUCAUUGGUCGCACUUCAACAAAAAAGGAUAAAACUAUUCAUAUUAUAGAUUUUGGUUUAGCUAAAGAAUACAUAGAUUUAGAAACAAAUAAACAUAUACCAUACCGGGAACAUAAAAGUUUAACUGGUACAGCAAGAUAUAUGAGUAUAAACACACAUUUAGGAAAAGAACAAAGUCGGCGAGAUGAUUUAGAAGCUCUUGGGCAUAUGUUUAUGUACUUUUUACGGGGCUCAUUACCAUGGCAAGGCUUAAAAGCUGAUACACUCAAAGAAAGAUAUCAAAAAAUUGGUGAUACAAAACGAGCCACUCCUAUAGAAGUUUUGUGUGAUGGAUAUCCCGAGGAAAUGGCUCAGUAUUUACGUUAUGUUAGACGAUUGGAUUUCUUUGAGACACCAGAUUAUGAAUAUUUGCGUACACUAUUCAAAAAUUUGUUUGAGAAAAAAGGUUAUGUUAAUGACUCUGAAUUUGAUUGGACGGGCAAAACAAUGUGCACAUUGGUUGGUUCCAUACAGUCCAGUCAAGAAGUUAUUUUAUCACCAAACAGAGAAAGACAAGUUGCAGGCAACAAGUCUGGAACAAAAGGUUGGCAAGAUGGUUCAAAGCUUCCAGGUCAUACAUUAGGAAACUUAACCCCUGCUGAUCGUCAUGGAAGUGUUCAAGUGGUAAGCUCGACUAAUGGUGAAUUGGCAAAUGAUGAUCCAACUGCUGGCCAUUCCAAUACUCCUAUUACAGCACAAGCUGAAACGGAAAUUGUUGAUGACACUAAAUGUUGUUGUUUUUUUAAACGUAAAAAGAAGAAAACUCCUCGUCCUAAAUGACUAACAGUGGUUAAAUGCAGCUCUGAACGAGAAGCUGUCACGCUGUUACGCGCCACCUCGCACUCUAACUCGCGUGACAGUGCCCUAAAUGUUCCCGUUCCGACCAUUACGUGAGAUUGCAUUAUCCAAAACAUUAAAUAUUAUUUUGUAUUUAAUUUUGAAACAUCUCUUUCCUUUUUUUUUUUUUUUUUUUUGUAAUUAAAUUAAUAGGUUACAAUAUACUUAUAUCUUUAAAAGAAAAAACAUACUAAAAUAACAUAUAAUAGACUGUUAGCAUUUGGUCACCUGUGCAUUCCGUCAACGAUCAAUUAAAAAAUAUGAUGCCAAAAGAUGCUUCAAUUGUUGACACUAGUCUUGACACUAGACAGUAAGACAGUGUAAUAUUCAUUUAUUGCUUUUUUAUUUGUAAAAAAUAAUAUAUAAAUGUACAUGAUAAAGAAUUAUCAAGUAAAGUACAUUCAUUCACAUUCUCUUGUUCAAAAGAAAAAAAGGACUCAGAAGUAUAGAUUUUAUUUGAUUGGUUUGCUUAUUAAAUAAAAAUUUUUAAUUAAUUAUGUCAAA